AUGAUCUCUAGUUUACAGGCUGCUCCAAAACCUUCGCAUACCGCCGAAAACGCAGUGAAAAAGUCACCAUCUACCAAAGUUGCGCCGUGGAUAGCUGCGGCAGCAGUUCCACCAAAAGAAAAGUCGCUGAAAGAAAUUCAAGAGGAAGAGGAGAGGCAACUUCGCGCUGAGCAAGCUGAACAAGCUCGUUUACGCAAAGAACAUCAAGAAUCUGUAAACCUCCAAUCAUCGGGAACGUGGUCGAGUGCUUCCCAACGUCUUCAGUGGAACCAACCGCCUCAGCAGCCUGUUGUAACGAAAGCUACAACGAAACCAGCAUGGGGUGGUGCUGAUGGGAAUGCACUUUUUGUACCAAAAGCGCAGUUCUUCUUUUGUCUUGAACUUCUGUUCUUUGCAGACCACGUCGUCACCAUUUUGGGACGGUCCAUCACUACAGGCUGCUAA